GUAAGAAAAGCAUUUUUUUGCAGUGUAGUGGAUUUAACAUGAAUAUGUAACAUCUAAUGUUAAAAUGUAUGUUUUUAUGUAUGUAAACUUUUCCCUUUAAAUACUUUGGUCAGUUCAAGAACAAUUUAUGCAAUUUUAUAUUACUUAUUUGAAGGAAUUAAAGAGCAGUUUCAUGUCUAUCCUUGUUUAGUUGGUAUGGGAUUUAGAAAGUAAUUGAGUAAUGCAAUACUUUGAGAAAGUAAUUACUUCAGUAAUCGAAUUACACUGUUGAAGAUGUAAUUAACUGCUUUUUAUCAUUUUUAGAGUAACUUAACUAGCACUGCUAAACAGUAGGUAGCUGAAGAUCAUGCAUAGUAAUUUUAAUGUAAAAACAAACAAACAUACUAUAUAUUCCAAAUAUAAACAGUCAUGCUUUGCAUUUAUAAAAAAAAAAAAAAAGAAAGAAGAAAAGAAUUGCACCUUUUAAAUGAAUGUAAUAACCAACUGGCUUAUUCAUUCAUUGAUUUGUCAGAUGAUUGUGUGUGUGUUUGUGUGGAGAGAGAAAGCGAGAUACAUGCGCAUGCGCGCUACAUUUACACUUCCGGGUUUGUCUUUAAGUGAAAUGUAACAUUUCGCUUGUGAUGUAUCUAUGAAAGUUGUUGCCCGGGCAGAGAAUAAAAGGUUCUUAGCUGUAACUAAAGCGUCACGUUGUUUAAAGGCAAAAGAAAGAGCGGCGGUGAAUGCUGUCAUGCUCGGCGAAUGAGACUCGCGCUGGACUCGCUCUAAUGGACUGAUGUUGCACUGUUGUGCCUUAUGACCGGACGGAACAGCAGCAUGUCGCGCCUGAUGUUUCUAGCAGCCGCGGUGUUUCUCUUGUCCGCUCCUGCGAGCGCCUCUCAGGGGGACAAAGAGCCCGUCUAUCGCGACUGCGUCAAACAAUGCGUCCGGACCAACUGCACAGGGGCCCGACUGCGCGGAUUCCAGUCCUCUCAGCCUCCAUACAUGGCACUCACUGGCUGGACGUGUCGUGAUGACUGCAGGUAUCAGUGCAUGUGGACCACCGUGGGUCUGUACCAGGCAGAGGGCUACAGCGUACCACAGUUUCACGGGAAGUGGCCAUUUGCUCGUUUCCUGUGUUUUGAGGAGCCUGCAUCUGCGCUGGCGUCUCUGCUCAACGGUCUGGCAUGUCUGCUGAUGCUGCUGAGAUACCGCAGCGCCGUCCCCCGACAGAGCCCCAUGUACCAUACCAUCACCGCCUUCUCACUGGUUUCCCUGAAUGCAUGGUUCUGGUCUACAGUGUUUCACACGAGAGACACCUAUCUAACAGAGAAAAUGGACUACUUCUGUGCAUCAGCUGUCAUUCUUUACUCUAUCUACUUGUGCUGUGUCAGGACGUUGGGCUUGCGUAGGCCUGCAAUUUCCAGUAUGGUGGGAGUUCUGCUCAUUCUGGCCUUCACGUCUCAUGUGUCUUAUCUGACCUUUGUCAGUUUUGACUAUGGGUACAACAUGGCUGCCAAUGCCACCAUAGGCAUGAUAAACCUGUUGUGGUGGUUGUGCUGGUGUUGGCUGAACCGCAGGAUUUUGCCGUACUGGUGGAAGUGCGGAAUGGUAGUGCUCUCACUGCAUGGGCUUGCCCUUCUGGAGCUGCUGGAUUUCCCUCCUCUCUUCUGGGUUCUAGACGCUCAUGCCGUCUGGCACCUCAGCACCGUGCCCGUCCACUUCCUCUUCUACAGUUUCCUUAUAGAUGAUAGCCUUCACCUCCUCAACACAGAGAAGCCUGGAGUGAAACUGGACUAGGAGGAAACCGUCUCAGAACCCCAACCCCUCCUCUGAUAUCCUUCCCAUCAGGGCAAGUGCGAGCCGGACUGAGCCAGGCCUCAACCGCAGUGGCUUCCGGCACGUGUCCUGGGGCUGAAGUUUUGAAUUUCAUUGUUUUCUUUGUGUUUACAGUUUCUUUUUACCAUACCUUUUUAUUUUUGCAUUGUACAGAAAAGGUUGUCGGUUGGGCUGGUUUUAAAGAUGUGCCACUGUACUGUAGUUGAAACCUGAUAGUUGUUUGCAUUCACUUGAACUUUGCCUUCAAUUAAGAAGUAAAUCAGCCUUUAUCAUCACAGCACUCUUUUAAAAAGAUGCACUGAAUAAUAACCAUCUUUGCAGAUGAAUAUCUUCACAUAAGGUGUUCAUAUCUCCCACUCAUAUCCGUCUACAUUUGUGGUGCUUGAUUUAAUGGCCCUGAAGUGAAUAUAUCUCAGAGAUAGAAGUAGAUUGAGCUUUAGUUUUAAACAUCCGUUCACUAUAAGCUUGCUGAACAUCAGGAGGGGUUAUGAGUGAGCAGUGUGCUCUGUUUCUGAGACUUGUGGCGGUUACCUCACUAGCGUGCAACACCAGUGGCUACCAGCAGAGGGCUGGUUAGCUUCCAUAUUGCGGGAAGUCUCUGUUCAGUUCCCGUGAGUUCCCAGCUUAGACUUGUGAUGGAUUGGAUGUUUUGUUGUUGUAGCAGUGCAUAUAUCAAGUUACCCAUCUUUUCCAUAGUCAUCACUCACUUUAAUCACUGUACAUUAAAAAAAUAUAAAAAUUAUUGUUGAAAAUUACCAUAAGGAAAAGUUUAGCAGAACGUUCAUAUAAUAAAAAUAAAGGUGACCAUUGACAGAAAAUCUUCAAAAAUGACAAAAAGCACCAUUAUAUGGGCUCUAUAGGCCCAUUCACACCAAGAACGAUAACUAUGAAGUUUGAAAACAUUCUAAUUCUGCUAGAAUAAGGAAGUUUACAUUACUAUAACAAUGAUGACACAGGAAUUACAUAAUUGCAAUCACUUUCAGAAAAAAAAUUUUGUAGCUCAUGAAUGAUGAAAAACAUUGACAGCCAUUGAGAGCCCAAGCAUUUUUAAGUUUAUUUUUUAAAAAUCAAGUUUUUAAUGUUGUUUACAUGUCUAUCAGGUGUUUUAAUAUGCUUAAAAACAAAUCAUGUGCAGACUCAUCAGUCAACACCAUUGCAGAUCAUUUUCUCCUUAAAACUGCGGUGUACCAAAGACUAUCAAAAAAAAAAAAUUUAAAAAAAAGGUCACAAACCUGCAACCAAUCCAGUCAUCUUGCAGGGUGGGGAUUUUUAUAUUAUUAUCAAAGCUGUUUUUACCUAAGGAUAUAGAUUUUUAGAAGGUAGAUGUCUUAAGACGGCGAACAAGAACAUAGUUUGUGUAACGUUAGCGUUACGUUAUUAACUGUUUGAUAAUGUAGUCAGAUCAAAGGCUAAUGAUAUACCGUUGCAUGUCUGAUGUUGUAGAGCGCGAUACAUAAAAUGCAUUACCAUUCUGAUACAUUGACUUGUAUACGGCCCUGUAUAAUUCAUUCUUCCUCUUCUUUGGAAUCAGUUUUUGGUUCAAACACAUGGCUGAAUUAAUCCAGCAUCGCUACUUGACAUUGUGUAGCAUAGCAUUUACUACUUCAGUUAACCGAGUGAAAGUGGAACAGGUAGUCCAAACUCAUGUGAUUGAGUGGAGGUGGGGUCUAAUUUGCAUAUUCUUGGAUCCGCAUAUAUUAACUGAGAUUAGGGUAGAGUUAUAUUCAAGCUAUUUUGAGGCAUAAAGAGAAAUUAUGUUAUCGUUAUAGUUAUUAUUUCUUGGUGUGAACAGGCCUUAUUUCAAGACUCUGGGCCAGUUUUACUAACAGAUUAUUGCACCAGCGCAAAACAUCUUUUGGCAUUAAAAUAGUACGGUCAGGAUUUACUAAAGAUGCACAGUGAUGAAUUAGCACUGAAAAGGCGUGGACACAGUUAUUUCUGCGCCUGACCUUAUUGAAUAUGCAUUUGUAGGAGUUUCCUUUUCAGAUGCAAAAUUUAUGGAAGGAGAGUAUUCAAAUGAGUCACGCAAUGCAAUUUACUAACGCUCAUCCAAUUACUGGUAUUUGCGCCAUUAUUUAACGCCUCAAAAAAAGGUCUUAAAUUAUUUUGCGCUAAAAAUGGCUGCAAUUGUUGUUGCUUACAGAGGCACCACAGAGAACAGAGAGUGCGUGGUAGAAGGGAGAGGAUUUUUUCCACGCGUUUAUUUAUUUUGAAUUUGCGCAUUGUUAGUAAAUCACCCGCAGAAACUUCACUCUCAUGAAAUUGCGCUCUCAUGCUAAUUUGCCCUGUUUAGUAAAACCAAAAUGAAGUAAUUAUUUAUUGAUAAUAUUUUCCUGAAGCUCUAUCUCAUGACAUGGAUAUUAUGAUGAUAAAUGGUGCUUUAUUGCCAUUUUAUAGGUUGAUACUGUAACUUUUGGCCACUCUGUGCUUCCAUUUCAUAGAAAAACACAGCAUGAACAUUCUGCUAAACACCUCCUUUUGCGUUCCAUGAAGGAAAAUCAUGAGUAAAUGACAGAUUUGUUUGAUAUUUGGGUCAACUAUUUCUUUAAUCACUCUAGGGGGAAUGUCUAGUAUCAGCACCACAGAGCUACUCGUUGCCUGAAUAUAAAAUAAUGACUUGAUCCUUAUGACAUAAAGAGUUAAAGAGUGGCAUGAUAUGUGAUAGCAAAGAAAUUCAUUUUCCUUUUGACUGGGAUUUUAUAUAGCAUGAUUUUUCUCUCUGUUGCUGCUUUAUCUUUGUUUUUCAUUUCCUUGAACUUUUUGUAUAUCCGAUCACUUUGUGCUUUAUUUUGAUUACAUUUUCGUUUGAUUUUUAUUUUCACCAAGAAUGCCUUUGCAGUGAAAAUAUUGAAUGGAAUUGGGUUUCCACAAAAGGUAAUGGAAAAGGGAUAAAAAAGGAUUUGUGUGUGUGUGUGUGUGUGUGUGUGUUUAGUUGCUGUGCAAUUUGAGCUUGUAGUGCAUCGCAUUUACACACAUUUAUUACUAUAGCAACCUGACGGCUACCACAGCUUUUAUUCUUAGCAAUGUUAUUAAACUCCUUCUCUUCAGAACGCUUGUCACACUAUGCCUUACAUUUUUAAUCUUUUUAUUGUUCAUACAAGGCAGCACUUCUCCAUGUGUGAGUAUCCACAAAUCUCUCACCAUCCACAAACUCUUAUUCACUCGUGCCAGACUAUUUCUUGCAUCAUUUUAAAGUGAAUCCACACUUUUACAGAUUCUAGAAUUAUUGUGACUUGAGCCAAAACCAUAAUUGAUUGCCUGAUAUGUCUUUGUUCCAUAUCAUCACUUGUGCACUUUGUGUGUGUGUGUGUGUGUGUGUGUGUGUGUCAGAAAAAGAGUGCAAGCAUGAUCAGCCUGGAGGGUAAAUAUAGCCAUUUAGAAAGGCUAAAAGCGGUAUAGAGGGGGAGGGGACAACAAGGGUAUCCAGAACAGUGAUGGCGUGGGCCGCUGAUCAGACUCAACAAUUCACUGCAUCUGUCUUUUGAGAGUCUUAAUGAGCAGAAAGUCAAUGCUACAGUAUUUCUAUAACUAUGAGGGAGUUUAACCACUAACUACAACUUUUUAAGCUUGUUUAUUUAAAAUUGCGAUCAAACGGAAGAAGUGACAGUUUUCUAUAAUGUGGCGUACAUCUGAGUUUAGUGGAUUAUUGAAAAACAAAAAAAUAUAGAGUGGGACUUGGUUCUGUUUAUUGGUUGUUGAUUAGAUUUUGAGAUGUGGGUAUUGCAUUCAGCAGUGGACGCAGAUAAAUACGAGCUUGGGGUUUAAUCGUACUGUAUUAUUGGAGAUGUCCUGUGUACGUCACCAGAGAGAAGUCUGUCAUUUUCAUCGAAAGGUCAAUUUUUAAAUAAAAAAUUAAACGUAUGCAUGGAUUAAUAUUCAUAACACGAUCUAUAACAUGCAUUUGGAAAAUAGAUAGGAUGACUUUACACAUUAUGCCGACUUUAAAGGAAAGUUAUAUACAGCUCUAUAACCAGCAUCUGUGGCAAGAUGUCAUUACCACAGAAAAUUCAACAAAUUUCCAAGAGAAAUUUCGACAUGUAGUGCGGUUUGUAAAAAGAAAACAUGAUGGAAAUGUUGAUGAAAUAUUCCCAUACAGUAGUUGGAUUUUUACAAUUGACAUCUAUGGGACCACAUCAUGCCCAAAAUAUGUAACUCUCAACACAAAUGUUUUCUUUGUUUAUACAAAUUGAAGGAGGAGAUCAAAUAUUUUUUUCUUUGGUGACUGACAGAUGCUUCUGGAAUAUUCCUUUAAUUAGGAUGACUAAGUUAACAAUAUACGAUACAAUAUAAUUUUUUCAUGGAUACAACUGUACUAACUUAUAUAUAUAAUGCUUUUCACCUUCCCUUAAAACAUUUUUCAUAUUUUGUUCUUUAUGUUUUUAAAGCAGAAUGGAGGUCAUAUAUUAUACUGUCUGCAAAUCCAUCAAAUUAAAACUGUAAAAUAACCUGCAUGCUGAAUGUAAACUUGACCUUUUUUCAUGUUUAUGAAACUAAAAGGAAAGGGAAUGAGAUUUACUGUAUGCCUGGACUGGUAAUUUGUUGUUUUCUGAAGAGCAUUUCUUUAUUUCUUUUUUUGACACUGUUGUCUGUAUGUAAUGUAACAUAAGGCCAAACACCAGAGGUGACUUCUGGGUAUUCUAAUUGUUAAUGUCCCGCAGGAUUUCCAAAUUCUCCCUCUUUUUCAAUGGCCAGUUUGAUUGUGGCAAUCCACAGGCUUAACAUAGACUUGCCCUGUGUAUCUCUCUUACCUUCAAUUUCUCUUCUCACUCUAUCUGUCCCUUUCUCUUGCUCUCUUUCUUUGUCUUGGUAUUGUAUUGCACCUUUCUCCACCAACUGUACACAGAUCCAAAUGUGUAUAAAGAAACCUCAAAGAAAUUAAUAAAACUGUUCUCUAUUAACUCUU